AUGCUAACACACAAGAGUAUGUCAGAAGAGCUAGCUAGAAUUGAGGGACCGCAGAGUGUUUUGGAAAAUAUAGCGAAAUUGAAAGAAAACUCUUCAUCACUCACCGUUGCACCGCAGACGAAUCAUAAGGGUAAGGGCGCGUCCAAGAAGAAAGCCUCUAAUGGAGCUGAUUAUCAGGGAAUGAUCCGUAACUACUGGGUGGAAUACUGGGACAAGAAACAGAAAAGAUGGAUUUGUGUUGAUCCACUUCGAGCAACGGUCGACGAACCAAACGCGCUCGAGGAGAAUGCCUCAAAGCCUAUUGUUUACGUUCUGGCUAUUGAUAACGGCAAAGGCGUUGUGACGUGA